AUGAGCUAUUUCCGCAUCACCCUGGUCCGCUCCGCCAUCGGUCUCCCGCGCCGCACCACCGACGUCCUUAAGGCCCUCGGCCUCAAGAAGCGCAUGGCCACCGUCUUCCACGCCGUCUCGCCCUCCGUCGCCGGCCAGAUCAUGAAGGUCAAGGAGCUAGUCGAGGUCCGCGAGGUGGACAAGCGGUUAACGAAGCAGGAGGUGCGCCUGGAGCGCAAGCCCGACCCGGGCUACUACGUCGAGAAGUACUCCGGGGCGGAAUACAAGGAGAACAGAACGGCUUGA